AUGCACCAGCCGCCUCCAGCCUCCUGCAGCAGGAGCAGCAGCAGCAGCAGCAGCAGCUGCGAGUGCGCGCGUGUGGGUGUGAGGGUGAGUGCGCUGGCGCCGGCCGCAGCGCCCUACCCAGCUCCCCGCCGGCUUCCUAGCCCCCUCCUGCCGGAGCCGCCCUCCCGCGGGACCAACACCCUCAUCCCGGCCAGGCUCGGACCAUGGUGCAGUCCCACUGGCUCCCCUGCCCCCCUCUCCUGUGAGACUGGCUGCGGGGAGGGAUCAUGGAUACUUGUCUGCCGGCUUCUGGUUCCCACGCAAGUAAGCCUGCUGUCAAUGGAGGAGGACAUUGAUACCCGCAAAAUCAACAACAGUUUCCUGCGCGACCACAGCUAUGCGACCGAAGCUGACAUUAUCUCUACGGUAGAAUUCAACCACACGGGAGAAUUACUAGCGACAGGGGACAAGGGGGGUCGGGUUGUAAUAUUUCAACGAGAGCAGGAGAGUAAAAAUCAGAUUCAUCGAAGGGGUGAAUACAAUGUUUACAGCACAUUCCAGAGCCAUGAACCCGAGUUCGAUUACCUGAAGAGUUUAGAAAUAGAAGAAAAAAUCAAUAAAAUACGAUGGCUUCCUCAGCAGAAUGCAGCUUACUUUCUUCUGUCUACCAAUGAUAAAACUGUGAAGCUGUGGAAAGUCAGUGAGCGCGACAAGAGGCCGGAAGGCUACAAUCUGAAAGAUGAGGAGGGCCGGCUCCGGGAUCCUGCCACCAUCACCACCCUGCGGGUACCUGUCCUGAGACCCAUGGACCUGAUGGUGGAGGCCACCCCACGAAGAGUAUUUGCCAACGCACAUACAUAUCACAUCAACUCCAUAUCAGUCAACAGCGACUAUGAGACCUACAUGUCCGCUGAUGACCUGAGGAUUAACCUAUGGAACUUUGAAAUAACCAAUCAAAGUUUUAAUAUUGUGGACAUUAAGCCAGCCAACAUGGAGGAGCUCACAGAGGUGAUCACGGCAGCUGAGUUCCACCCCCAUCACUGCAACACUUUUGUGUACAGCAGCAGCAAAGGGACAAUCCGGCUGUGCGACAUGCGGGCAUCAGCUCUGUGCGACCGGCACACCAAGUUUUUUGAAGAGCCAGAGGAUCCAAGCAACAGAUCGUUUUUCUCUGAAAUUAUCUCUUCAAUUUCGGACGUCAAGUUCAGCCACAGUGGGAGGUAUAUCAUGACCAGGGACUAUCUGACUGUGAAAGUCUGGGAUCUCAACAUGGAAAACCGCCCCAUCGAGACUUACCAGGUUCAUGACUACCUCCGCAGCAAGUUGUGCUCCCUCUACGAAAACGACUGCAUUUUUGAUAAAUUCGAGUGCGUGUGGAAUGGGUCAGACAGUGUCAUCAUGACAGGCUCCUACAACAAUUUCUUCAGGAUGUUUGACCGCAACACCAAGCGUGAUGUGACCCUUGAGGCCUCGAGGGAAAACAGCAAACCUCGGGCUAUCCUCAAGCCCAGAAAAGUGUGCGUGGGGGGCAAGCGGAGAAAAGACGAGAUCAGUGUCGACAGUCUGGACUUUAGCAAAAAGAUCUUGCAUACAGCUUGGCAUCCUUCAGAAAAUAUUAUAGCAGUGGCGGCUACAAAUAACCUAUAUAUAUUCCAGGACAAGGUUAACUAGGCGGACAAGUUAUUACUUAAUCUCACAUACUGAAUACUAGUCCAACAAGUUUUUAAAUGUUUCUUUGGGUCUUCAUUUGAUGCAUUGACUUUUAAGUUCCCUGUGCUUAAAAACAAUUGGRAUAGAAUUUUAAAAAGAGUCCAACUUUCCCAACUCCCCAGUUCUGAGAAACUUGUCAAACCCCAUAGACUUGGGGCCACUUCUAUUUAGAGUUGAGAGCUGCCAGCUAACAGUAAUUCUUCCAUAGUCGAGUUGAAUUCUGAUGCUUUUAUUGCCCAGUUUUCUCUGGUGGGUCCAGUGUUUUGUUUCUAGGUGUCUGCUGCGAUAAAAUGAGGUUGUCUGUAGUAUUUAAGGAAAAAAAAAAAAGAGAAGUUUUUUUUUUUAAUUAAGCAAUUCCAUUUGAUUGAAAAAAAAAUAAAACACCGUUUACUCUUA